AUGGCUGCCGUUGUCGACACCAGCACAACCACCACAGCAAAUCCACCCACUGUCACUCUAAAGGCACCAACCUCGCUCUUCCACCAUAGUCUGGUGACAAAGGAUUUCGAGCUUCUCAAAUUCCAUGCUGCUGCGGCCUUGCAAUUGCAAUUUGGUGAACAGCGCCACGAGCACGCUGCAACCUCGGAUGAUCGAUUAAUUGCCUCGCCAUACAAUGAACCGCUGAAUUUGCUCGAUCUCAAGCGCCUCGACACGCCUAAUCAGCUCUUUGCAAAGGCAUUGACUAUCUUCAAGCCCAUUCGCGAUGACUACGCAACUGCGCCAUACGUUGAAUCCUUCAACUGGCAGGGAGUAGUUGAUUUUCUGCGUGAUCUCUCUGCUGCUGAGGGCAACCGUUGGAAGAAGCAAGCGUUUUAUCUAGUCAGCUUUCGCUCUAAGCUGCACCCAGUCAUCGACGAUCAACGACUACAUGACCUAGAUUACUACUCUCACCAAGAAGCUAUCGCCAGUGGGGGGCUGCUGAAGUAUUGGUUUGGCACCAAGAACGAGGAACACCGGAACCUAGCAACUUGUGUCUGGAGAAGUAGGGAGGAUGCGCGAGAAGGAGGUAAAGGGCCCUGGCAUAGGCAGGCCCGAGCUGCUGUUUCCAUGUACGAGACCAUCGUCUUUAAGACCAUGAAACUAGUUAUUGAUGACGAUGCUUCUUCGUGGGAAAUUGAGGACUGGACGGGCGAAGACGCUUAG